UUCAGGUAUCUCUUAUUACUUUUCUCAGCGGCGUCCAGUUAUCUCUCACUCCCACAGACAUACGCCUAGCACCGCUGCCAUGCGCUGCGCACUACUAUCCUUGAUUGUCUUCAUGACGUGUAUCUGGGGCAGCAUCAAUGCCUGGGACAUUCCCCAAGCCAAAAAGAUCCAACUCUCUGUGUUCAACCUCUCACGUGGCAAUGGGAGCCACGUCCAACCAAAGGAAGGGACCAGACAGUCAUCAGUAGAGUGUGGAACUCACUCUCUUUCUUCCGGAAGUACUACGAUCAUUAUGUCACCAAACUACCCGAAGAAAUACCUCAACAACUAUAAUUGCAACUGGGUCUUCGUACCUCCGGCAGGGUCAGCACUCUCACUCAGUUGCCAAGCUUUCGAUGUGAAGGCCUCCAGACUGUGCAAAAGGGAUUACCUGCUUGUUAAAGACGACGCCGGUUUAUAUGAAAAGCUUUGUGGAAGUGAACCUUUUCGCAUCGACGACAUUGAAGGCAACUUAGACAUCAUCUUCAAGACGAACCGUUGGGGCAAGGCUACCGGUUUCACCUGCGAAAUAGAGACGACAUCGGCUGCAGUCUCAGGCAGCACCAGCUCACCCACCGCCAGCACCAAUCCAUCAUCGGAAGACGAUUGCUCAUGUGGCGUGCGCAAUACAGCUAUUAGAAUUGUGGGAGGAGUGGAAACCGAGAAGAACGAGUAUCCUUGGCAGGUUGCACUAGUCAGCCGUAAUGGAAAUCGACCUUUCUGCGGUGGAUCCAUUAUCUCCGACCAGUGGAUUCUUACUGCAGCGCAUUGUGUAAAUAGUGCAACUCCUUCGGGUGAUGAAGUAAUCAUCGGGGAACAUGACUGGACGGAGGCUGCCGAGACAUCCACCACCAAAAGGCUGCGCAUCUCUAGGGCUAUAAGGCACCCGAACUACAGCUCCUCAACGCUGAACAACGACCUUGCUCUGCUGCAACUUGCCGAAAGAAUUGUGUUUCCCAGUAACAAUAAGGUCGCUCCAGUCUGCCUUCCGGAACCAGACAACUUGUAUGAAGACGUGGACGCCAUCGUCACUGGCUGGGGCACACUUUCUUCCGGAGGGUCACAGCCAAAGAAACUUCAAGAAGUGACUGUGCCCACUAUGACCAACGAUCAGUGCAAAGCAACUGGGUACGCCGCUUCUGAAAUCAGUGACAACAUGAUCUGUGCUGGUGUAUCAGAGGGUGGCAAGGACUCCUGUCAAGGAGAUUCUGGUGGCCCAAUGGUGACUCUGGCAGAGUCUGGGAAAAUGAAGCAGAUCGGCGUUGUGUCUUGGGGAUAUGGUUGUGCUUCCGCGAGGUUUCCAGGAGUUUACACACGAGUUGGCAAUUAUGUUUCGUGGAUCCGAGGAAAUAUUAGUGGAUCUACCUGCAGUCCUUCAGCUUGAACCUCUCAGCGGCUGGCACUGGCUAAAGGCAGCACUGUCUUACACUUUCGAAGAGUUUAAUGCUUCAUGAAAGAAAAAAAAAAUAAAAUGUUCAUCUUUAAAA